AUGAGACUUACUCUCCGUUUGUCCAGGCCUGCUCGAGCCUGUUGUUUACCAGAUGUGAUUACGGUAAGGAAACAAGCAGACAGGCCUAAUCCGUCGUCACUGUCAUAUGUGAUUCAGCCAAGAGCACGGUGUUUUUCUGCUCUGGCCAAGUUGCACUGGCAAAGCUUCAUAGGGGGUUACAGUAAGUGCAAUUUGCCUAAGCGGAAGGUUCAUGUCCGCCACUGCUGGAAGUCAGAUUCAGCACAGACGGGUUUCUCGUUAUUAGGGCAUCGACAGAACGGUCGUCAUGAACGGACGAUGGCGUUGGGUAGCAUCUUUCGAUGGCUUCCUUCUGACAGCGCCAACCGCCUCAGGACGUCAGAUUGUCUUGACCAUCAAUCCUCUUGCGGUGGUAUUACUACAGCAUCAAUCAUUGGAGACUCAUCGUCAACGGGAUCGAAUGUUGUCCCUUACCAACAGGCAAACCACAAAUCUCAUGAGGUGUUCCUAAAUCGAACAUCUGCAGAACGCCAGAUGCGCAGAGCCAAUAGCUUGGCUUGCAAACUCCUAAUGGGACUACUCUCGGUCGUACUUGACACGCUAUUUCCUGCCCCAGGCCCAUCUUCCAGCACUGUAUUUGGCCGAGCAAGCAGCGACUUGGCGAGAGACUGGCCAGAAGCCAACCUAGCCCAGGGUUCUUGCGGGAUCAAGGGUGCUGGUGCUGCAAUCGUGUUUCCAAGGGUAGCUCCGGCAUUGUGGCUGCAGGCCAUCACUCUCUUCGUGCUGCAGAUCGACGGGUGGCUGUUGCUGGACGCUGAGAUGCAAGCAGUUUUCGUCCACUUGGACGGAGAAAUUCGAGAGCAGAUUCUGCCGCCGUUGUUCGGUUGA